CAACAACGUGCCGAAUAUAAAGAGGCAUUUACACUAUUUGAUAAAGAUAAAGAUGGAGUUAUUACAAUUCAUGAACUUAAGAGUGUUAUGAAGUCUCUUGGUCAAACUCCCACCGAAGCCGAGUUACAAGAGAUGAUGAACGAUGUUGAUAUCGAUAAGAAUGGUACAAUUGACUUUAAUGAAUUCCUAAGUAUGAUGGCUCGUAAGGUUGAUGAUGCUGAUAAUGAGGAAGAAAUGAGAGCAGCCUUCAAGGUUUUUGAUAAAGAUAACAACGGGUUCAUUUCUAAAUCUGAGUUGAGAGACUUAAUGUGCAAUCUUGGAGAAAAUCUUACGCAAGGGGAGAUUGAUGAAAUGUUCCGUGAAGCCGAUGUUGAUGGUGACGGACAAAUCAAUUAUGAAGAAUUCGUCAAGAUAAUGGGGGAUACUAAAUAA